UUUAAAAAACUCAUAAAAAAGGGAACGUUUCAUUUAUUUUUGUAUUCAAAGUUCAUUCAGUUUAUGUGAACCAAACAAAUCACAAAAAAAAAAAAAAAUCAUUUUAGCACUUCAUCUUCAACCUUUCACCAAUCCAGGAACCCAAAAAACCCUAGAUCGAACCAAUCUGCCACCGUCUCUUGAUUGUUGGUGGCUGAAAUUUUCGAUUUCAAUUUGCAGUUUCUAGGGUUUUCCUUGGUUUUUUAAUUGGGGUUUUUGGAAAUGGGAAGUAGAAAGGAAGAAGAGAAGAUUGAGAAAGUUAUUAGGGGUCUUAUGAAGCUUCCUCCGAAUCGAAGAUGUAUCAACUGUAAUAGUUUGGGACCUCAGUAUGUAUGUACAACUUUUUGGACCUUCGCUUGCAUUACUUGCAGUGGAAUACAUCGGGAGUUUACUCAUCGUGUGAAGUCUGUGUCAAUGGCGAAAUUCACUUUGCAAGAAGUUGAUGCUCUUCAAAACGGUGGUAAUCAGCGUGCAAGGGAUUUAUAUUUGAAAAAUUGGGACUUCCAAAGACAGCGGUUGCCAGAUAGCAGCAAUGUUGAAAAAGUAAGGGAGUUCAUAAGGAAUGUCUAUGUGGAUAAAAGAUAUGCUGGAACCAAGUCGUCUGAAAGGCCGCCAAGAGAUGCACAGAGCCCCACAAUUCAUGAAGAGGAGGUAAGGCGUGCCAGUUCUUAUCAUUCAUAUUCACAAAGUCCUCCAUAUGAUAAUCAAUAUGAGGAUCGCCGCUAUGGAAAGCAAGCAGCGGUUCUGACGAGAAAGCCUGGUUCAGAUAAAGUCCGUUAUGAUGGGAAGAUGUCUGGUAUUAUCUACAGUCCCGGUCGUUUCAGUGAUCACACUUAUGAUGAGAGAUUUGCAAAUGAGGGAUCUGGGCCCAGAAAUUCUGACUUUUCCGUGUCUAGUGGUCAUGAGCAAUUCAAAUCAGAUGUUCAGUCUCCUAAGUUUUUUAAGGACAUUGAGUGUAGCAGUCCAUCUUAUAUGCUUCCUGGUUCUCGUUCAAGCGAAGAUGUGUGGUCUCAAGCAAAAAAUGCAGCUCUCGAAUCUAAUGCCGUUGCCAAGAGAGAUGCAAAUGGAAUUCAUCCUCUGCAGAGAACUACAUCAUUGCAACCAACAGAUGGAAACUUUUCGACCUUAAAAUCUUACAGUUCUGGUGGUUUAGUUGAUUUUUUCUCAGAACAUGUCCAAUCUUCAGGGUCCCUUCAGGAUAAAGCAUUAGGAAUUCCACUGCCAUCUGGUCCUGCAAGAUCUGUUAGCUUGGACCUUUCUAAGGCACCAGUCGCAUCAGCUCGGUCUGCUGAUCUUUUUCAAACAGCUGCACCAUCUCAAGCACCAUUGGGAGAUCUGUUUCAAUUAUCUGAUAUGGCAGCAGUGCCAUCUUUCAAGGGAAAUCAACCUACGAAAACAUCCCAAUUCGCAUCUAUUGACUUCUUUGCGGAUCUUCCUCAGCAGCCUUCUGCUUUAACCUCCGAUGUAAAAUCGGUGGAGUUAUCCAUUCCUAGAAAUGAAGGGUGGGCAACAUUUGAUACGCCUCAAUUCACAGCUUCUACUGCACAAGUGGAAAUUCCUGUGGCAGUACCUUCAAGUGCUGAACCUUCGCAGGAUAGAUUUGAUCCAUUUUCAACCUUAAAUGGAAAUAUGCAAUGGCCAUCUUUUGAAAUUCCUAGUGCUGGUUUACCUUCUUCUGUUACAUCAAAUGUAUGGCAUGAUGGUGUGUGGAAUGGAGAAAAACAAGUUCCUGUUAUGGCAACAGGCACUCAACCAUGGAAUGCAUUUGAAUAUUCUGGUACCCAUCUUCAUGUGGAUGGCAAUAAUCAAGGACAGUUGCAACAUGUGCCAUCAGAAAUUUUGGAUUUAAGUGCUUCUGAGGGAUCCAAUAAAGGCGAAAUCCAAGGUGUUGCCACUAUUGGAGGAUUUGAUAAUCAUGACAUCCCAUCAAAUGGGGUUAUUCAACCUAAUGGAAUCAAUCGUAAAUCAACUAAUCCAUUUGAUUUUCCCUUUGAUUCUGAUGUAGAUCAGAGCAAUAUGUUCCUUGAUAUGAGCUCAUUGCAAGCUGCUCUGCCAGAUGCUCUCUUGCCAGCUACAUUUGGUGGUAUCUCUGAACCCUGGCUCCCUCAAAAUACAGUGACCCCAUAUAUUUCCUCUGCAGGAGAAGGUGGUUUGUCAUUCAUGGCUGUGCAAACACCAAGUUCUCAAUUACAGAAUAUCCAGGCACAGGAACCAGUUGCUUCAUUUGGGGGAAAUCCUUUUGCAUAGAAUAGUUCCUGUACAUUGUACUAAUGUUUCCAAAUAGAAAUUUAUGUGUAGAACCAGUGUAGGUACUGAACCAAUAAUUUUGAUGUUUUUUAGAUCAAAAUGUAGCUCAUUAUUUCCCGUUCGAGGAAGGCGUUGCAUGCAAUUCACAGUCCCUACUAUAUUCAUGCAGUGCAUAUGUAAUGCUGUAAUUCAACAUUAUAGUUAGAUUUUGUUGAUAUUUAUUGCCCUUCAUCAAAUUGAGUUUGAGAUUGAGACUUAAGGAUAUUUUACUUUGUUCAUAGUUGUAAUUAUAUCAUAUAAUAAAGCAUCGGAUAUUGCUCAGCUUAGCCAA